AUGGUGAAAACGAACGGAACCGGAUCGAUUGAAAGAGGUAAUAGUGGUGGUGGUGGUCGCUGUGUAGGUGCGCCGCGACGGUACAUCGGCGACGAGACGAGUCGAGACGAUACGACGAUGACGGUCUCUUACCAGUCGAAGUUCAAAAUUGUGGACGUGGAAGCACUCGGAUGUGGUCUGAAGGACACACCAAACGGCAAGAAACUUUGCGAGUUCAAAGACGAAACAACACCUCAGAUUCGUAUUAAAUUUAUUCCAAGUGUGAAGUGUCCAGUAGAAGAAGGUAAAGAAAGCGUCUACGAGAAAGGCAUCGAGAUUAUUAGCAACUACCCAAAGGAUGAAACAGUUCAAGUGAACUGGUUGCUGAACAAGGAUAAGGAAAAAGCUGUGUGCAUAAUUUUUCUCGCACGAAUCGUCGCCUAA